AUGUUUGCUCUACACGUUGAAUAUAAUUUAAAUGUGUUAUUUAAAUAUAGAUUUAUUAUUUAUGAUCUAUUCAAACAACUAAAUUCAUCAGCACCAGCUAUAGUUUAUCGAGGUCAAGCUAUGUUGGUGAAAAAUUCAAUAUAUUUUAAAGAAGGUUCUAGGUUUACGACUAAUACAUUUUUACUAGCAACUGUUAAUAAACAAACUGCGCUAACUAAUGCUAAACAAACAGAAGAAAGACAUCAUCAUAAUUUACAACAAAUUGUAUUUAUAAUUCAUUUAGAUAAUCAACGAGACAAUAAUCUAUAUACAUAUAUAACGAAUACUGAGUACGUUCUUAUCUCAACAGGUAUUCAUUUCAUAGUAAAUUCAGUCGAAAGACAAAAACAAGAGAAUAAUUGGGUAAUAAAUAUCACAUCGUAUGAGAUUGAUGAGGAGAAUAAUGAUAAUGAUCCAAUAUUAAAUGAUACUAUAUAUAAAGGUUCAAAAUUUAAUCAAAUGGCUGCUACUUAUUUGCAUUCUCAAGGAAUGUUUGAGCGUCUAAUACAGUUUUAUCAACUAAUAUUAAUAGAAAAACCGAUAAAUGAAAAAUAUAUACAUUAUGAUCUGGCUGAUGUAUAUUAUAAAGUAGGAAAAUAUUUAAAUGCUCUUGAACAAUAUCAAUUAGCUUUACGAUUUUGUAUAACAACAAAUGAUUAUGUCCUAACCUAUACAUAUUUAGGACGUGUCUAUACUCGUCUAGAAGAUUUUGAUCAAGCAAAUUAUUAUUUAAAAAAGGCGUUGAAUCUUUUCAAACAGAGGGAUGCUGUUGCUGAUGGACUUUCAGCUUUAACUAUGGGUAAAAUGUUUGACUUUUUAGGCGUUUUAAAUUUUAAACAAAAUCCAACUGAUUUUCUUACAACGUUCGAAUCAAAGAGCUCCGAACAGCUAGUUGGAUCAAGUGUUGUUGACUUGAUGAACGAUGAUUUAUCUGGUGUACAAAUGGUAAUGGAGGACGAUCUCGUAAAUUGUCCACAGAAGGACUAG